AUGGAAAUGGGAUGGAAAAAGGGUUUAUCCCAGAAAGGUUUAUCCCAGGCAGGUUUAUCCCAGGCAGGUUUAUCCCGGGUUUAUCCCAGGCAGAAAGGAUUAUUCCAGGCAGGUUUAUCCCGGGCAGGUUUACCUUGGGCAGGUUUAUCCCAGGCAGGUUUAUCCCAGGUUUAUAUCAGACAGGUUUAUCCUGGGUUUAUCCCAGAUGGGUUAAUCCCGGCCGGGUUUAUCCCGGGUUUAUCCCAGCCGCGUUUAUCCCAGCCGGGUUUAUCCCAGCCGGGUUCAUCCCAGCCGGGUUUAUCCCAGCCAGGUUCAUCCCAGCCGGGUUUAUCCCGGGUUUAUCCCAGCCGGGUUUAUCCCAGCCGGGUUUAUCCCGGACAGAAUCCCCCCAAAACCCCCCAAAAUCCCCCCGAUCCCGGCGGUGUCGCGGCUGUGUCCCCGUGA